AUCCAUAUGCCUUUUCCGUCCAUCUUGUCGACGGAUUUGAACAAUCCCGAACCAGACCCAGGCGAUAGCAACAAUGGAGGGAAGAAGAAAGCAGACGACCUGCGACAGUGAUUCACCUUCCUCGACCAAUUCAUCCCAGAUCGAGGCUGGCAAGUGGAGAUCUUGGGAGAGAGAUCGCCGAGGAGCAGAGGCAUGGUUUGUGCAGUAGGAGCAGAGGCAUGCGCCCUGCGGAAAGGAUGGCGGACCCUGUGGAAAGACACCCUUACCCUCAAUUUCCACUGUAGCGACCUGCCGGGCUACAUUCAACACGUAGACAACCUUCUCCUCUCCCUCCGCCGCCGUGCCGCCGCCCUACCGACCGCCGUCAGCUUCCACUUCAAGGCCACCAACUCGCUGGCGGUGCUCAGCCUCGUGAUGCGACACUACGACGUCGUCUUGUCGGGGCGGCCGCUUCAGGAUCUGUCCGUCUCUGCUCAGGUUGACGGAGCGGAUUUUUUCUUCAUCGGCGACCUUCUAAAAAAGUCCUCCCUCGAGACUCUCUGGCUGUCGAGAUGGAUUUUCCGAGGUCCGGCGUCUCCCGAGUUCAUCUCGCUGACGAGAUUGGAACUGAGUGCGUGCAGUUUCCACGGCGGCGACGACGAGCAGGACGCUACUACUACUUGUAAUUCAGCAACUGUACAUGUUUCUUUUGCGAAUUUCCCGAGCCUGAAGUGCCUGAAGCUGCUCCGGUGCCGGUGGAGCGGUCGAGUCGAGGUGUCGGCGCCGCAGGUAUCUAGUUGCACAGAUAAGAUCUUGAUCCUCAUUUAA